GAGGCCGCACUACCGAAGAAGAAGAGGAGGCCCCGGGGCAGGAAGUGUCUGUUCAUCGCUCCCAUGUGUUGCUUUUCAUUCGAACAUUCAUUCUUGACACGACAACUUCAGCUAAUUCCAGCAAACUCAAGCUAACGUGUUAGCUAUCUGCCCCCAAAUAAACCAAAGAGGAAACCGGUGCUGUCUCUGCGAGCUAACAGCGCCAGCUAGCUAACUAACGUACAGCUCGCGCUAAAGUUGUUUGGAUAAUUAGAGCUGUAGCCACUGGAGAGGCGCGGUAUCUGAAUGAAAAGUGCAGUGGAUACAAGCAUGAUCAAGGAAAACCGGUGGAACAUCCCCCCCAAUGCUCCAGCGUGCAUGGAGAAGCACCUGUGCUCGGCGCAAUACAGAGCAGAUGGUACUCUGCUGCUCGGUGCCUCCAGCCUCACUGGCAGGAGCUGGCAGGGAUCUGUGUGGAUCUACAGUGACCCUGAGCAGGCCCCCAAUGAGGGACUCUGCAAAGCUGGCGUGCAGACUGAGGCUGGAGUCACAGAUGUCAAAUGGGUGUCAGAAAAGGCUGUCGUUGUUGCAUCAGACUCAGGUGCCUUGGAGCUGUGGGAGCUGGCAGAAGAUGAGCGCCUGCUGGUGAAUCGCUUUACCAAACAUGAGCAUGAUCACAUUGUUACCUCAGUGAGCCCAGUUACUGGAGCAAGCAGUGCCGUUACUGGGAGCAUGGACUGUCGAAUUAAAGUCUGGGAUCUCGGUCAGGAGACAGCUGUCACUACCUACUAUGCGCACACACAGCCAGUUGUCUGUGUUGCUUGUAGCCCCACAGAUGAGUCUCUCUUCAUCUCCUGUGGUCAAGAUAGCCGUGUGCUGAUGUGGGACAGGAGGAAGCCAAAUAAACCAGCCUCAAGAAUAGAUGUAGAGACCUCCAGAUGCUCCCCCACCACUGUAGCCUGGCACCCCCACCACAGAAGCACCAUUGCUUUUGGUGAUGAGCUGGGCAGAGUGAUUGUGAAGGAUUUCCUGGGAACAGAGCCGGCUCGGGUGGAGAACGUCCACAGCCGCAGAGUUAAUGGGCUCGCCUUCUCUACACAUAGUGCCUCCUUGUUAGCCUCCAUAAGUGAUGAUUGUUCCCUCGCUGUCAUGAACUCUGACCUGCAAGAAAUAUUGAGAGAUCGGCAACAUCAGGACUUUGUCAAAGGUGUGUGCUGGCUGCACGGUGGCUCCAACACACUCACAACCAUAGGCUGGGAUCACCUUGUGCUUCACCACACGGUGGGUCUGGCUGCUGAAGCCCCCGACUCCUCCUCUUAGAGCCAACAGAUGCUCACACUCUUCGGAAAGAGUACAUUUUAAGAUAAUUACUGUCCCCCCUAUUUUUGAGGGGCGUCUUUGCGUGUCUCAACAGUUAAAUGUAAUACAUCCGUGGACUCAUUGUCAUUUAGUAAUCCAGAUAUGUGCAGAACAUUUAGACUUUUGCUCUUGGCCUCAGUGCACUACGCUACUCUACCGUUACAUUCUCUCUCCAGCCACUUCCUUCAUACUGUAUAGCAUUUCUGUGUGUACUUACAUUUGAAGCAACCCAUUUGUAUGUAUCAAGCAUCAUUUUACAUUAAAGAUAACUUAAUGUUGUAAUAGCAAGAGCAUUCUGAUAUUUCUUUGUGUUCCUGGAAUCUAUUGUAUGCUAACAUAAUGCUGGACUAUAGGAAGAAAACUGAGCAUAUUUGAAGUAUCUCGUCUCCUCGUUCAGGAAAAAAAAAUUACCACGAAAAACAGAAAAAAAUUACCACCAAAAAAAAAACAGAACCCCCUGCACCCACUGCUGGGUCAACAAAGGGUAAUGUGUUGUGUGUUAUCUGUUCAUGUGUGGGCGGUUGGCUCAGAGGUAAACAAGAUUACAUGUGUGAUUUGUACACUGAGUAGCAGGGACUGUAUAGUGUCACUGCUAAUCUGUAGUCUGACUUGGGUCUGACAUAGACUGAACUUGGAUGCCAUAGUUUUAACAUGGCACCAGCACAGGUGUUGUGGCCAACAUAGUACACUUAAAUGUAAUCAUGCUGUGUUUGCCAAGUUACGUGUCUUACUUACAAUGUAGCGUUUUGAUGCAUUUUAAUUACUAGUAUCCAUAUUUAGCUCAUCAUGCAGGAGUUCAGGAACAUUGUCUUGCCUCCAUCAUUAAAGCAAGAGUUGGUAACUUUUAUGAAAAUAUCUUUUUGUCAUAUUUACUGAAACUGUCACUAUAUCCUGAGAGUAGUAUGAGACAGAAAAUCUGUGAAAAAAAAACGUUUCUCCUUCUUGUGCUGCUUAAUGGCAUUUGCCAGAGUCAGCUGUGACUGUUGGAAAACAACCAAUCAGAGCAGAGGAAUGUCUAACACAGCCAUCAAUCACUUCUAAUGAAUUGCUGUCAAACUGUCCAGCUCAGUAGCUUAGAGCUACAGUGUAGCUGUGAAAUGAAAAAGUUUGCCUCAGCCAGUGGGCGGCGCUUGGUUUUUACCUGACUGUUUCCAACAUGGUGGCAGGGUCACAAACUUUCUCAUUUUGCAGCUAAACUGUACACUGAACUAUAUUUCUUAAAACUGAGGCAAUGCAAUGACAGAAUCUUGCAAGAACUUUUGACCGCCCUAG